ACUUGGCCUGCCUGCUCCCUCCUGGCUAGCAAGUCGUUUACUUCCCUAGCAGUAGAGCCUCCUUGCAUGCGGUUCCAUCUUCUACUGAAGACCAGCUGAGACAUCAAGCCUCGGGAACUGAGAAUUUCUGGAUUCUUGACUCUGCUUCCUAUCCAGCUAUUGCGGAAUAAGUUCAACUGCAGCCUAAGGUCGAGGACUUACCCUCACGGAUCCAUGGGUAAAGCCAAGAAGAUGGUGCAGUCCUUUUCCGGUUUUGUCAAGGAUACAUCAGAUACUAAAGAACAUGCACUGCCCAGUGCACAUGCCUUGGCAGCCCAGAGUACAAGGUGCUCCAAAUCUGAGACACUUUGUUUAGGCAAAGAGCAAAACCACUGCUCUGAGGAAGGCUGGAUUGCCGAUUGGGAUCUAUACUCCUUUUGUGUAUUUGAGAGCGUGGACUACCUGAGAUCCCACCUCAGAUUGAAUUCUGCCAAGAAGAAGGGCACAGAAAUCUUUCAGAGUGUGAGUCAGAGAGAGCCGCAAGUGUCCCCAGGAGUUGUGGACAUGGACAACGACAAAGAUACAGAGGAGCCAGACCAACCCUCGCCAAGCUUGCUUAGGGAGAAAAGGCUGGAUCUUGUGACCUGUGAUGGUGGAGACUGCACUGAUCAGGAUCCUGCUCCUGACAGUCCCAGGAGCCUAGGCUGCUGGGCAUGGCUUCAAAGAGCUUUUGGCCAGAAGAAGAAGAAGAAGUGAGAAAGGCACCCAGAACUCUGGAGCCCAGGAACCCAGAUGCCAGCUCAGACUAGCAAUUAGGGGACCUUCUGUCAGCUCCUGCUGUUACAGCAAAGGCACACAUGAGGCAGUUGUGUCUUUGCAGCCAUCUUGUUUGUGUUUGUUCCUUUGUUUGUUUGUUCACAACUUUCUUAAUAAAUUGUUACAAAGCUGAAA